AAGCCAGCCGGCGGCGCUCUCCUGCCCAGGAAGUGGGAGGUGCUGCGCUGCCGCCGCCGCUGCGCUCCGCCCGGCCCGGUCCCUGCGCAAGCAACGAGCGGGGCCGCCUGGGGCCUGCUGCUGCCCUGCGCCCCGCCCCGCCAUGCCGUACGCCAACCAGCCCACGGUGCGCAUCACCGAGCUCAGCGACGAGAACGUCAAGUUCAUCAUCGAGAACACCGACCUGGCGGUAGCAAAUUCCAUCAGGAGGGUCUUCAUAGCGGAAGUUCCCAUCAUAGCCAUCGACUGGGUCCAGAUAGACGCCAACUCCUCUGUGCUUCAUGAUGAAUUCAUUGCCCACCGGCUGGGACUGAUUCCACUUACCAGCGAUGAUGUUGUUGAUAAGCUGCAGUAUUCCAGGGAUUGCACUUGUGAUGAGUUUUGUCCGGAGUGCUCAGUGGAGUUCACCCUCGAUGUCCGAUGCAACGAAGACCAAACCCGCCACGUCACAUCUCGCGACCUCAUCUCCAACAACCCUCGCGUUAUACCCGUGACGUCCCGGAGCAGAGAUAACGACCCUAACGACUACGUUGAGCAGGAUGACAUCCUCAUUGUCAAGUUACGGAAGGGCCAGGAGCUGAGACUACGGGCCUACGCCAAGAAGGGCUUUGGCAAGGAGCACGCCAAGUGGAACCCCACAGCUGGAGUGGCCUUUGAGUACGACCCAGACAACGCUCUCCGGCACACGGUCUAUCCUAAGCCAGAGGAAUGGCCCAAGAGCGAAUACUCUGAGAUUGACGAAGAUGAAGCCCAAGCACCGUACGACCCCAACGGGAAACCAGAGAGGUUUUACUAUAACGUCGAGUCCUGUGGCUCCCUUCGUCCUGAAACCAUCGUCUUGUCUGCAUUGUCUGGCUUGAAGAAGAAACUGAGCGACCUCCAAACGCAGCUGAGCCAUGAGAUCCAGAGCGAAGUGCUGACCAUCAACUGAUCCUGGUCUCUGCUUUGGUGCAGCCCUGAUUCCUGGGAGCUGCACCAAACUCUUCCUCUUUCUGUGAACAGAGGCCGUGAGCAUCGGGACUAUUGACCUGCAGGGGAAAACAUUGAUCCUCAUAUGCUUUACCUCAAAGCCGCUAGAGGAACAUGAUGCAUAUCGAUGCGACUGGUGCUUCUCCUUUUCCUCUAGACCAGGGAUUCUCAACGUUGGGUCCUCAGAUGUUUUUGGACUUCAACUCCCAUAAUCCCCAACCACAGGCCACUGGGACUGGAGAUUAUGGGAGUUGAACAUCUGGGGACCCAAUGUUGAGAAUCCCUGCUCUAGACUGUCCUCAGUGCUCUCUUAAGCAAGCUGUUGAUCACAAAAAUGAGAGUUUAUUGUUUAGGACAGGGGUAGGCAACCAUGGCUCUCCAGCAGUUGCUGGACUACAACUCUCAUCACCCCCCCGCCACACACACACAAUUUAUUGUGUCUGAGAUGAUGAGAGUUGUAGUUCAGCAACCACUGGAGAGCCAAGGUUGCCUACCUCUGAUUUAGGGAGUUGGAUGUACCCUUUUGUUUUCAUAAAGAGGACUAUAUAAUUUCCCUCCCAUUCUCCAGUGCGUUGAGAACUUGGCAUGCAUACGUGUAUGCGCACGCGCACAAACACACACACUUUUUCUUCUGCAUGUCCUCAGUUUUUGUUUCUGUUAGGGUUUUGGAGUAAACAUCCCCUGCCUGGCAGUUGCCCUGGUUAUGCAACUGAUGUUGGAUAGUGUUUGCAUUUGUUGUGUUGCUGAAUAAAAACCUUUCCCCCAUUUUA